UGUUGCUGAUGCAGUCCUCUGGCAUUGAGGGCUUGCCCAUAGCACCCACAACCCUUGAUGGUGCCACUCCCAUCGAUGCCCAAGUAUCGGCUGCCGAUUUUGGUGCACUCGACGCAUUCGCCGAAGAUGCUGCUGAGAGUGAAUCGGCAUCACAAACGGAAACAGCAGCCGCCAGUCAAUCUGGCUUUAAGAUCUCUUUGUUACCUGCUCCGGACAAGACGGCAGAAUCGGUGAAUCUGGAACAUGAGGCCAUACCCUCAAAGGUGCUGAGUCUCUAUGAUAAUAGCCAGAAGAAGUUGACGGACGUUGUGCAACCGGCUCCCAUUUUGGAUAGCAUCAGUGAGCAUGAGAAGUAUGGCAACAAUGGCGACAUGUUCGAUGGCAUUUCCCGUACAAUUGUCAAUGGCUACGAGGCAUUUUCCAAUAUUCUCAACACAUUCAUACAGAAACCCAAAGAGUUGGCUCGCAGCUUUUCGAAGGGCAUUACGGCCCAAUUGGACAUUAUAGGCGGCAAACUGGUGGGGCUUUAAAUGUGGCAACAUAAAAUAACGGUAUUUGUGUUCGCUGUUUUUGUUUACUUUACUGUCUUCUUUUUUUCUUUCAC